AUGUAACAUCUGAGCUAUCCACCUGAUAAAAAAAUACAGAAUUAUCAAUUUAGUUUUAGAUCCAAAUUAGGCAAAGGUGCAUAUGGGACAGUCUAUGCUGGUAAAAAUACUAAUGAUAGUACAUUUGCAUUUUUAUCAUUAGAUAGUAUUGUUGCUCUUAAAAUUAUUGAUAAGAAAUUACUACUUACUGAUUAUGCCAAUCAACUCAUUGCAUCUGAAAUUGAAAUCAUGAAAAAAAUUAAUGAUUCACACGUUGUUAAACUACUUGAUGUAUUAUAAAGUGCAAAUAAUACUUACAUCAUAACUGAAUAUUGUAAUGGUGGUGAUUUAAGAGAGUUUAUAAAGGCAAGAAAGUAAUAUAUUAAAAAUAUUUAGAGCUAUCCCUGAAGAGGAAGCACUCAAAAUCUUAAAGGAUUUAUUAUAAGGAAUUAAGGCUUUACUUAAAUAAGGCAUCAUACAUCGUGAUAUUAAACCAGCUAAUAUCCUCAUUCAUGAUUCUCAAUUCAAAAUUACAGACUUUGGUUUUGCAAAACAAAUAGAUCAAAAUCUUGAUACUAUAAUGAAUUCUCUUGUUGGUACUCCCUUAUAUAUGAGUCCUUAAAUUUUAAAAAGAGGCAAAUAUUCAUCUAAAUGUGACAUUUGGUCAUUAGGUUUAAUACUUUAUGAAAUGCUUUAUGGUAUGACUCCAUGGCAUUCUCAAAAUUUAGUAGAAUUGAUGAAUAAAUUAGAUUCAAAAGUAUAUAAAUAUAUUAUGAAUUAGCCUCUAUCAUUUCCAGUUCAUCCAUAUGUUUCUGAUUCUACAAAAUAAUUGAUAAAAGGAUGUUUAUAAAUAAGAGAAGAAAAAAGAUGGAAUUGGGAAGACUUAUUUAAAGCAGUUAAUUUUAAUUUAAAUGAAAAUAAAGAAAACUCACCUAAAUAAGAAGAGAUUCAUUCAUAAACUCAUAGAGAAAAUUAAAAUUCACAGAGUAAUCAAUCAAAAUAUUCUAUUUAAAUGUAAAGAUUUAAAUAAAGAACUGAAUCAUUAUGUUAAUAAAUAAAUAAGCAUAAUCGAAGUUACAGUAAUGCUGCCUUUUAAACUAAUGAUAGAUCAAAUAGAUAUGAAAAUAAAACACCUAUUAAUGAUAAAUCUAAAUAAACAUCUAGUUAUUUUGAUUUAAAAGAGAAUCUUAAAUAAAAUAAAUAAGAAAGAGAAAGAAGUAACUCUUAAAAUUAUAGAUUUCAUACUUAAAGAAAUGAAUUAACAUCUUUCAUCGAUAAAAUUAAUAAUGUUUAAUAAAAAUUAAAUAGUAAUAAUGAUUCCUGUAAAACAACAAGUGCUCUUUAAUCUCACUCUACUAAUACUUCAAAUAAAUUGAAUUAUGAAUUAGAUUUAGUUAAAGUGUCAGAAUUUUAAUUAGAAGAUAAUAAUAGAGGAUCAGAUUACAAUAAUACUUUAAGAAAUCCAAAGACUGAAAGAGUUAAAAGAACUAAUAGUUUAAGUAGGCAUUUUCAACAAUAAACCUUUUAAGGCAAAAUUUAAUUGCAAUAAUUAAUUAAAGUAAUUGAAAAUUAAUUAGAAUUAAUACCAAAUUAAGUGAAUUGCAAAAUUGAUAUUAAUACUAUGGUAAUUUUACAUAGGGAUAUUAUUAAUUAUGCUUCUAGCAAAUAGAUUUAUACAAAUUAAGAUUUAAAAGAUCUAAAAUUAUUAAUAAAUAGUUUAAUAUCCUAUUUAAAUCUAAAUACAGGAGAACAUUCAAGUAAAUAAUCUUAAAUAAUGUUAUUAUUACUGUUAACUUAUCAUAAGGUAUUAGUUUAUAAUAUCAAAAAUAAAACACUAAAUAUCGAUGCUAAUCUAAUAGAAACAAUUAAUAAAAAUAUUAAGAUUUAAUAAAAUCAAUUAAAUAUUGAAUCUAAACUAUUAAGAGAGCAUAUCAAUUAAUUAAUGUGA